AUGGAAAAUAGCACUCUGUCAUUUUACUUUCGCUUCACCAUGUUUGCAAACAUCGGACAUUACCGCUUUAUAGCCUUUAUUUUUUGUCUUCUGCUCUUCAUCUUUACCAUCUUUACUAAUCUUCUCAUGAUAGUGGUAAUAUCCCAACAAACAACAUUACAUGAGCCCAUGUAUAUUUUCAUUGCAUGUUUAUCUGUUAAUGCUUUGUAUGGGUCUUCAGGUUUCUUCCCCAGAUUUCUCAUGGACCUUCUGUCUGACACUCAUUUGAUCUCACGUCCUGCUUGUUUCACUCAGAUCUAUGUAAUUUACUCAUAUGCAUCCUGUGAACUGACUGUUCUCAGUAUUAUGGCUUAUGACAGAUACAUAGCUGUUUGCCUUCCUUUACACUAUCACACAAAGAUGACUCUUGAAACUGUUGUGAAGUUGACAGCACUGGCUUGGAUUUUUCCUGCAUUUUCUCUUGCAGCAUGUCUUUGUUUGUCUGCCACACUUCCUUUAUGUGGUAAUGAGAUCCACAAAGUAUUCUGUGCUAACUGGAAUGUAGUCAAAUUGUCUUGUGUUAACACUGCUGUCAACAAUGUUGUAGGUAUGCUUUUGACUGUAGCCACAAUUUUCCUUCCCCUCUUUUAUAUCCUCUACACCUAUUUACGAAUUGUGUCUAUUUGCUGGAAAAGCUCAGCAGAAUUUAAGGGUAAGGUAUUAGAGAGCUGUCUGCCACACACAAUUUCAUUUGUGAUUUAUUCUAUUGCUGGAUUUUGUGAUGUUGCCUUGAGCCGGAAUAAUCUUGAAGUGACUAAUCCAUUUAUAGCUGUCAUUUUAUCACUGGUGUUUGUUGUGAUUCCUCCAGCUUUAAAUCCUCUUGUGUAUGGCCUUAAAUUACCAGAAAUUAGAAAACAUAUUUUAAGGUUGUUCUAG